AUGACGACCCUUCGCAUCUCGAAACGGACACGAAUUGGACAAUGGAACGUUAGGACUCUGAUGGAGCCAUCCAGAUUGGCGCAGUUGGAGAACGAGAUGGACCGACUGCAGAUCGCAAUUGCUGGCAUCAGCGAGAUGAGAUGGAGUGGGAAGGGAGCAACAACAUCACAAAGUAAUCUAGUGUUUCAUAGCGGAAGCAGUGAUGGUGGACGAAAUGGAGUAGGGAUUUAUGUUUCGAGGAAAUUUAAACAGACACUUAUCUCCUGGAACCCCGUCUCUGACAGAAUCAUCACCGCCAGAUUCCGAUGCAACGCCAGGCACAUCACCAUCGUGCAAUGCUAUGCCCCAACAGAAGACGCCAGCGAUGACAUCAAAGACGACUUCUACAACGCACUCAUCUCAUCCCUCAACAAGGUCAUAAGAGGCGACAUCAAGAUUCUCAUGGGUGACUUUAAUGCGAAAGUCGGCCCCAACAACACCGGAUUGGAAUCAGCCAUGGGCCGGCAUGGUAUCGGCACGCGAAGUGACAAUGGAGACAGGCUGAUCGACUUAUGCCAGACCUUCCAGUUCCAGAACAGUAUUUCCCCUUCCAGAACAGUAUUUCCCCACAGGGAAGUUCAUAAAUAUACAUGGACAUCUCCAGAUGGAAAUACCCGCAACAAGAAGACCGACCCCCCUGAAUAUACAUCGACUCAGAGAUACUACCCUAUCCUCCAGAAUGGCAACAGCACUACGCGAACAGUUGACACCACAGCGGAACUGCCCUUGGGAACAAACUUGCAGACUACUGAGAAGUACCGCAGAGGAGAUGCUUGGCACGAGACAACGCAGCUGCUCUGA